AGUGGAGCCCCGCAGGCCGCCCGCAGAGCACUCCUAACCCCUCUUCUCUCUUCCGAUCCCCCCCACAAAUCUGCGCGGCCCUUCGCCAAAUUCUCGCGGACACGACGAUGGUGGGGAGCGUGGGCAACGGGACGGUGGAUCUGCACGCUGUUAACGGCAACGGGAAGGCACUGCACCUGGAGGGGGAAGCGGCGGCGGCGGAGGCGCUCCCGAUGGAGGUGGAGCCGGGGAAGAGGGAGGUCGUGCUGGGGAGGAACGUGCACAUGACGUGUUUCGAGGUGAAGGAGCCCGACGCGGACGACGAGGAGACCGGCGAGCGGGAGGCCACCAUGGCCAGCGUCCUCGCGCUCUACCGCCGAUCCCUCGUCGAGCGCACCAAGCACCACCUCGGUUACCCAUACAAUCUUGACUUCGAUUAUGGUGCACUUGCCCAGCUGCAGCACUUCUCCAUCAACAAUCUCGGUGACCCAUUCAUCGAGAGCAACUAUGGUGUCCAUUCCAGGCAGUUUGAGGUGGGAGUGUUGGAUUGGUUUGCUCGCCUCUGGGAAUUAGAGAAGGAUGAGUAUUGGGGAUACAUCACAAACUGUGGAACAGAAGGAAACCUGCAUGGGAUUCUUGUCGGGAGAGAAGUUUUUCCUGAUGGAAUCUUGUAUGCCUCUCGUGAGUCUCACUAUUCAGUGUUCAAGGCAGCAAGGAUGUACAGGAUGGAAUGUGUCAAGGUGGACACCCAUAUUUCGGGGGAAAUAGAUUGUUCUGAUUUUGAGAGAAAACUGCUGCAAAACAGAGAUAAACCUGCCAUUAUUAAUGUCAACAUUGGAACCACCGUGAAGGGAGCAGUUGAUGAUCUUGACCUGGUUAUUAAAACCCUUGAAGAGAGUGGUUUCCAAGGUCGUUUUUAUAUUCAUUGUGAUGGUGCUCUUUUCGGGCUGAUGAUACCGUUUGUUAAGAAGGCGGCUAAAGUGACAUUCAAGAAGCCUAUUGGGAGUGUUAGUGUCUCCGGCCACAAGUUUGUCGGAUGCCCCAUGCCGUGUGGUGUCCAGAUAACAAGAUUGGAGCACAUAAAUGCCCUUUCUAGCAAUGUGGAAUAUCUAGCUUCAAGGGACGCAACAAUCAUGGGAAGCAGGAAUGGACACGCUCCUAUCUUCCUCUGGUACACCCUGAAUAGGAAAGGAUAUAGAGGCUUUCAGAAGGAAGUCCAAAAGUGCUUGAGAAAUGCUCACUAUUUGAAAGACCGUCUCAAUGCAGCAGGAAUUGGAGCGAUGCUUAACGAGCUCAGUAGCACAGUAGUGUUCGAAAGGCCAAAGGAUGAGGAGUUUGUCCGGAGGUGGCAGCUUGCUUGCGAGGGAAACAUAGCUCAUGUCGUGGUCAUGCCCAGUGUCACCAUUGACAAGCUUGAUUAUUUCCUGCGUGAGCUAGUGGAGAAGCGGGCCGUCUGGUACAAGGAUGGAAUUUGUCAGCCUCCCUGCAUUGCCAGAGAUGUAGGCGAAAAGAGCUGCUUCUGUAGCCUUCACAAGAAUUGAGCUUGCUACAAGAGGGCUUCAUUUGUUAGUUGAGUUUGGGUUUCUAGUGUGUUUUGUUGUACUAUAAUGCGUUAUGCACUGUAUGUAAUAAUGCGUUAUGCACUGUAGCCUAUAUGUUGUUACGAAGAUACUUAAGUUAAAUCAAUGGAUGGAGUUUGCAUCAA